AUGAACGAGAAUUUUGAGAUUACUUUGGAAGUUAAUCCAAACCUGUAACAGUAUUUUUUAUAGGAUAGUUUGAGCGAUAUUAUUAUAAAAGUAAACGCUCCUAAUUGCAAAAAUCACAACAAAGAAUACAAAUUGUAAAAGGGUUAUUUACAACUUGAAAGCGGUUACUUUUAUGACACCUUCAAAAACAAUCCUAGUAUUAAAUAAAUUAUAUUAAGUGUCGAUUCACCUUUAUUAGAGGCAAUAUUAAAGUGUUUCUAUGGAUUCACAUGUUAGAUCAAUAAAAAAAAUAUUUUUGAUGCAUUAGAUGUUUGCGAAUAUUUACAGAUUGAGACACUUUAAGAUCAAAUACUAGAAAUCAUGCAAGAAAAUAUAGAUUAAUUUGAUAUAGUAAAAACUUGGAUUAUUUCUUAGAAAUAUAAAGAUCGUUGUCCAGCUAUGGAAGAAGUGUGCAUAAAAAGAUUAAAGUAGGAAGAAUAUUGCAUUUUUAGAAAUCAAGAUUCAUUCUAAAAUCCUGUAGGUACAAAUUAAAUUAAUAGCAAGACUGACCUAUAACUUAUCCCUUAGAAACCAAAUUGUAAUGUUGUAUUGAUGAAUCCAGAGUAUUUUAAAAAAGCACUCCUUUCUUAAGGCAGCGACUUCCAAUUCCUUAAAAGAUAGCAUGUUUUUAAUGCAAUCAAGUUUUAUUGCGAGAAAAAAUUUAGUUCAAACAAAGAAGCUGUUAACGAUAAAAUAUGCAAAAUGACUUAUGAGUUAAUUAAUCCAAAUGAUUGUUCUGCUGAUGAAUACAAAGAUAUUUUCUGCUAAUAGAUUUUUCAUAACUACAACCAUACUAGACAUAGCUCUGGAAAUAUGAACAAUGUUAUAAACGAUCCUUUUAGAUAAUCCUAUCUUCUUUAAAGCAGUCAGCAACUGAAUUUAACAUUCAACUAAACACCAAUUAAUUCAAAAUUACUUUUAAAUCCUUACUAGAAUAUUCAAAACAUGCAUAGAUUUAGUGGCACAAAUAUGGUAAGUCCUUAGCACAGACCUAAUUUUUCUACUAGUCCGAAUGGAUUUUUGUACAACAGUUCGAUAGGAGCAGAUUCCUUUAUCUUUGCACAAUCCAUUAAUGGAGGUAGAUAUUAUCAGCAGCCAUUGAAUGAUGAAAAAUCAGAGAAAUUAAUUAACACUUUCGAUGCCUUGAAGGAAUCCUAUUAAAAUUUCAUGAAACUUUCUUCAAGUUCCCAAUAAGGUAAUUAGUCAAUAAUAGAAUCUUGCGAGCUACAAGUAGAAACGCUAGAGCAAAAGAUGAAAAGAUUGCUAGAAGAAAAGAAAAUGAGAGUGAGUGUUUUGGAUGAAGAACUCAAAAAAGUAGAUGAAUAUAUUUUGGAGCAGAAGAAAAAGCACAACACAUCAAUGCUUAAUAGCAAUUACAUGGAGGAUAUUAAUAAAAUGUUGAUCUCUUCUAAUAAUUAGUCAAAUUAAAAUAUUAAUUCAAGUGGUAAUGGUAACCUACCAUAAAUUGCUAAUCAGCUAAUUUAAUCAUAACACAUUCCAUUCCACCAACAAAAUGACGAUUUAAAUGAAAUAGAAAGAUAAAUCAAAAGAAAAAAUACACAUUAAAGAUUACUUUGUAGUAAUAGCAGUGACAAUCAAGAUAACAAAGAUAUUCUUUUAUCCAAUAAUCAAAAUCUAGAUAAACAAAAAGAAUAAUUUUUUAUUUAAGACAAUCCCUUAUUUAAUAAAGUAGAAAGUGAUAAUGAAGACAAUCAGUUAGCAGAAGAUGAUGAUGAAGAUGCAGUUAUUGAAUAGCAAAAUCAAUAAAAUUAAAAUAAAAAUAUGCAAAAUAAUAAAAGUAACAAGUAUGACGAAGAUAUCUAAGACUAUGAAGAAGAAGAUGAUGAUGAAUUUGGUUCAGGGGAUGUAGAUUUUGAUGAAAUAAUGCAAGAUAUUGAUGAAUUCGAUCAUGCAUAAAAAAAUAUCUAACCUUAUUAAAAAUAAACUGUACUAAAUACACCUCAUAUAAACAUAGAAGAAAUAACAAACAGCGUAUAAAUGAUUAAUAAUUUGCAUCCAACAGAUAACAUAGAAAUAAGCAAUUCUAAUUUUCAUUUAGAUUAAUCUAAAAACUUUCCCAUUUUAUUCUACGAAACUGAAUCAGGCUCACAUGAUUACAGUAAAAAUGGUCAAUUAUCUACAUCUAAAUCAUAAUAAAAUUCUAAAAUGGAACAAACUGCACUAUAAUAAAAUAAUAUUCUAAAAACCUCUCCUUAAAAUCAUGAAAAAUCAAUUAAAUCAAGAAUAUUUGGUUACUUUUUAAAGAAAUGA